UGCCUCUAGAUUACAUGUGGCUUCGAUUUCGGCUUUCUGGCGUUCUAACAAGUCAAACUCAGCAACUACGCUGAACUGAAGUAACCAAUCAAAAGCAUUUCCGGGAAUACUACAGUGUCUCGCAGCUAGCUAGUCUAACUACUUGGCAUUUUCGCAGCAAUCGCCGAAUUUGAUUGAAUAUGGGAUAAUAUGCGCGUUAGUUUUAAACAGCUGAAUAACCAAAUUAGACGUAGUCAAGCUGGCUUGGCCAUUUGUGAUUUGAAUACUGCUUCUUUGACUUGAGCUAGUCUACGUACGCUGACUGGGUGCUAGUACUUGCUAGCCUUGUAGUUGCUAGAGCUAGCUAGAACAGUAACCUGAGUAGCUUGCUAAGUUAUCAUGAUUUUUACGCUGAGACUGAGAGUAAGUUUUCCCAUGACAAGUCGACAAUGGAGUUCAGAUAGUGCCGGCUUUCUUAGAGAAUUGGAGUGAGACUCGUUGAGUUCAGCAUGAAGGCCCUGAGCUCAAGGUGCUCCUUCUAUUUGGGCUUUCUGGUGGGAACCUGCACGCUCUAUGUGUUCCUGCGCCAGGUGUGGUUCGAAAAGAGUUUUCAGACACGUCAACCCGAUGGACUUGAGAAGAUUGCAGGAGAGCAGCAUGCUUUGGACGAGGAGAGAAAAAACUGGAAGAAGGAGAGAUCGGCUCUGUUCAACCUAAAUCACCCUCACCACAAAGGUGAGGACAGCCGCAUGGCAGACGAGCUGUACCAGAAGGUCCGCAUCUUGUGCUGGGUGAUGACUGGACCAAAAAACCUGCAGACGAAAGCUCGCCAUGUCAAGGCCACCUGGAGCCGCCACUGUAACGUGGUGGUUUUUAUGAGCUCAGUAGACGAUCCUGACUUUCCCACAGUGGGGCUGGGUACUCAGGAGGGCCGUGACCAGCUCUACUGGAAAACCAUCCGCGCCUUCCAUUAUGCCUACGAGCACCAUAUCCACGAGGCUGACUGGUUCCUCAAGGCUGAUGACGACACUUACGUGAUUGUGGACAACCUUCGUUGGGUUCUGGCCAACCACACGCCUGAGGAACCGGUUUACUUUGGUCGCAGGUUCAAGCCCUACACCAAGCAGGGCUAUAUGAGCGGUGGCGCAGGCUACGUGCUGAGCAAAGAGGCCCUGAAGCGGUUUGUAGAGGGCUUCAGAGAUAAGGUUUGCACUCACACCACUCCAGUGGAGGACCUUGCCAUGGGGCAAUGUAUGGAGAAGGUGGGAGUACAGGCAGGGGAUUCCAGAGACACUAUCCAAAGGGAAACCUUUCACCCCUUCGUCCCUGAGCAGCAUCUCACAGCCAAGUUCCCUAAGAGCUUCUGGUACUGGAGCUACUGCUACUACCCCAUCUCAGAGGGCCCCAAUUGCUGCUCGGAUCUUUCGGUGUCUUUCCACUAUGUGGAUCCAUCUCUCAUGUACUUGAUGGAGUACUAUAUCUACCACCUCCGAGCUUUUGGCUACAGAUACCGCUACCAGCCCCCAGCCCCACUGGGAUACAGGACGCAGGGCUCUGAAGGAAUCUGGGAGGGUGCAGAGGUCAGAGACUCCAAAGAACUGCCCCCUCCAGAGAAGGAAAGAGAGGGGGGGCACGACCUGACAGUCAUGAAACAAGAGGGUGUGCUUCCUGCUGCUGUGGCGAAUGUCCUUCCUGAUGCCCCACAAGAUGUAAAGCAAUAGCAGCCUUUUGUCAUGCGUAUUAUGUCAUGGAUACUGCUUGGGAGAGAUUUCAAAUAUUUGUGAGCAAGUGUAGGUGCGGCAUUCACGUGUUCUGGUAUGGAAGGAAUAGACAAGAAUUUAUGGGGUUGUGGAAUCCCAAUGAACUUGGUUGAUAUGUAAAUAGUGCUAAGCAUUUGAUAUUUAUUUAACUUCAAAACGACAUCCCUAAAUCCAGUGUUUUCCAGUCCCCUUUUUACAAGGAACAAAACGUACAGUGUACUUGAGAGAGCUGUUGACAGAGCUGAAUUGAACAGUUAGUCACUUUUGCUACUUGAAGACCAAAAGUCAGAAUUUGAAACAAAAUGUAAAAAUUACGACCAGAAUUUACAGUUUAAAUCCCAAAAUGUCAGUUUUCCAGUGCCUGUUUUUUGUCAACUUUUUUUUUUUUAACCACUGUCAUGAGACACUUUAUUUGAAUGAAAACAUAUGCAGCUUUAGAGUUCAUCAGGACAUGUAUUGGCUUUUUGAUGAUGUAACAACCUGUUAAACCACUCCUUACUGUGUGGGUGCAUUCACAUAGCAUGUUGGGAGAAUUUACUAAACUGGACUGACUUGCAUUCCCACCCCAAAGACGUGCACUCUCUUUAGCUAUGUAAGCCCUACAGCUGUUGAAAAGGUGUGAGAGUGUCUCUCAUCUGAGAUUAUCUUCUGAUUUAAGAGUUUUGGCUUGUGCCUUGUGAAUUGAUUGUAUGGCAUGGUCUGCUGCACAUUUGACUUUGCACUGUGACAGUCUGAGGAUGAACAAUGAUUUGAUUACAUUCAUAUAGGUGGUAUCUCCUUCAGACUGACAGCCUGAAGACCUUUGAAGUCUUUGGACCACAUGAGUCACAUUUGGACUUCUUUGUGAGGUUAUGCAUGACAAACAAUCUCUAGCCUUCAAAAGUCAUUUUCUAGUUUUAUUCAUGUGUUAAAUCAUCUAAUAUUGUGUUUUUCCAUAUUUAAGUGAUGUUUUAAUCUUAUGUUUCUGUUUAAACGCAUACUAAUUUAUGCAUAUGUUAUGUUUAGUGGUGAUGGUAAAACAACAUGCAUAAAGAUGCAUACUGCCAAAGUUACCUACUGUAUGCUUUGACAUAUGUUGCUACAAAGUUAUAAAGUAUUAGGCCUAUAAACGGCAUAAAAAUCUUUUUCUCAAGUCUCAAAGUUGAAACUGUCUUAAGCUUGUAUAGCACAAAAUACUACAUACUACAUUAUCAGUCGUAUACUAACAUUUAUAGAGCUAGGUAUUAUGGAAUACUUUUAUUGCAACAUGCUUGAUGAAUUUAUUAUCACCACUAAGUGUUAACCAAAUAUAAUCCCCUAAAUUACUUUAUGUACUGCUUUCAAACCAAAACUGGAUUAAUAAAAUUUUUAUUAUUAUUUGAA